AUGAGAGGAAUAGAAAACAAGCUUGCAGACGUGAAAAGUAGAUUGCUGUCAACGAGCUCUAACAUUGAGAAGGCUGCCGCAUUUUGUUCGGAGAAAUACUUGGUGAAUCCUGGGGUUAAUACUCUUGAUGAGAGUUUGGAACUAGCUACGCAGUCUGUGUGUGCAGUUGCUCAUGAAGUCAACCGCUUCGCCAAUCAGUUUCUUGAAGCACUUGAUUUCCAGCUGUAUCAGAUUGGCGAUGUUUCAGACAAAAUUUCUAAAUUAAAAAUGGUGUGCAAUAUAUAUCAAGAGAAAGUUGCUCGAAAGGCCGUAGGAUCAUGCACAGUUUCGAAGGUUCCUGUUGUAUAUCAACAUGAAACAGUGCUUCCUGAACCUCCACAAAAGUACAUCCGACAACCAAUCAACUUCUCAAUUUUGGAUAAUAUCGGCCAUGGCAUACCUAGUCAGGAUCCCAUUAUUAAUCAUUAUGGGCAACCUUACAUGCAAACUGCUACUUUAACCAGACGCAGUAGUGCUUCAGUCAGUAAUCAGCUCCCUGGUCGGCAGCACAGUACAAUUUCUUGUCGUAUAGCCAAUCCAAAACCCUGUCUCGAGUAUGCAGCACCUGCAGGUACUAUGAGGUCACAAGCUGGAACAGUUGGACGAGCCCCAGUAAUUUGUCGUGGUGGUGUGAUGCCAUCACAACAAUUUUUAAAUGCCAAUAUGGUGAUGCAGCAUAUGGGAGGUGGAACUAGUAGUUAUGUUGGCGGUAUGUCAUCUCCAAACUAUGCUACAGGAGUAGGUUCUAAUGUGAACAAUCGUGGUACCAACCUUGAUCCCAUGUGUAACACCACAGGUAAUGUUCGGUCACGCAAAUCCAGUGGAUCAUCUGGUGCAGGUUCUAAUGUUAUACAAUAUCAUCAUGGCCAGUAUGCUUCAAGUCAGCCUCAUAUUCAAUCAUCUAACUCUGAACAGUUAAUGCAUGGUUCUCAAGUUGCAUAUAAUAAACCUAAUAUGCAAUCCCAGUAUAUGGCUUCACAAAUUAGUCAUCCCAUUAGCGGAACUGCAUCUCAGCCUACACAUGGUCAUGAUCAACAAAAUUCACUUUCUGGCAGAAACGAAUUAAGUGGCCAACUACACAUGCGACAAAACCAGCAACACAAGUUGGCUAAUGUGUCGCAAAUGGGGGAUGCUUCAGAAAUUCCUCAAUCACAACAAUUACAGAUGCAACAACAGGCUCAACAACAAAUACAACUGCAGCAGUAUCAACAACAAAAUAUUCGAGAUUCAGUUAUUUAUCAGAAACAGUCAAGUGCAGAGAUGAACAGAAAUACUGAUAAGAUGAACAAACUGAAUAUUUCUGGUCCCGCAGUUUCUAAUCAGCAACCACAGCAGCAAAAUUUUAACACUAAAACUAUGGAUGAACCAUCCGAUGAACAUUUAACUAUACCACCACCUGGAGCAUUCUGCUACGAAAAUGAACAGGAAUCACAAUUUGGAAAGCAGCAAGAAACAGAUUUCACUGAUUCACUUACCAUUCAAAAUAGUAAACUAAUACAGAGAAAACCUACUGACCCAGCCUGGGCACCAGAUUUCUAUAUUGAACAAGUAAUCACAAUGUAUGAAUAUGUACGUGAUAAAGACGACGAGCUGACGUUUACCGAGAAUCAAAUAAUAUACGUAAUUAAAAAGAAUGAUGACGGUUGGUGGGAAGGGGUUAUGAAUGGUAUAACUGGACUAUUUCCAGGAAACUAUGUGGAACCUUUUGAUACAGAGUGA